GUAUUUCAGCAUUAAAGGGAGAAAAUUUUGUAAUAACAAAUUUAACCGAUCCCUAUUGUGGAGACCCACAGACAGUAAUUGCCGUCUUAUAAAUCAUUUUAUCCGGUAUUGGCUUAUCACUUCCAUAACUGGCUCCAGAAUUUCAUUGUGGGGCUUAACAGGCAUGGCAAUGAGUACUGCAACUACGAAGAGCAACUUCGUAAAAUUUUCACAUUUACACUCUCGUGUGUUACCAAUCGCUUCUCCCUCUUCUUCAUUGGCAUUCACAAGACGCUUGGCUUGCUUAGGCAGGGCCAGGGCUUGGUCUUUGUCUUUGUCACAAUAUAAUGGUUCAGUAUUAUUAAAACCAAACACAAACACAGGCAGAAGGAGAAGAGAUGAUAUAUAUUGCCUGGCUUCCUCUCCAAGUGCAGCUGCUGCCGUUGACAAAGGUGAAGGCAUUCAAAUUACAGAAAUAAAAGAGCCCAAUGGCAGAGUUAGGAUUAAUGUGAAAGUUCCCCCUAGCAUAUGCAAAGAAAGCUAUGAGGAAGUUUUGACAGUAUUGCGUAAAGAAACACAGAUUCCUGGUUUUCGGCGUGGGGAGAAAAUUCCAGAUAAUGUUCUUAUAAACUAUGUUGGGAAGGAAAAAAUAAAGACUGCAGCAAUUGAGGCAGUUUUGAAUAGGACUCUUCCAGAAGCAAUGUCUUCAGUUAAAGACAGGGCACUGAAGGACUCAGAGCACAUAGAGACAAAGUUUAAUGCACUACAAGCUGCUUUCUCCCCUUCAAGCUUUCUCAGUUAUGAUGUUGCGGUAGAUUUGGCACCUGAAGUUAAAUGGAUUUCGCCUAAAGCAUACAAAAACUUGAAGGUCGUUGUCAAAGUUGAAAGCGACGUAGCCAUUGAAAAAGCUGCUGAAGCAGAAUUGAAAUCUCGUCACAAGGAUUUGGGAUCCCUAAAAAUUGUUCAAGAUAGAGGCACUCAGAUUGGCGAUGUCGUAGUUCUGGAUAUCUCAGCUACACGAAUAAAUGAAGAUGGAACUGAUGGUGAUAAACUCUCAUUCACUGAGCAAAAGGGUAAGCUUUUGCAUAUGGCGGUGAUCGAAACACACGUACGAAGAGAAGCCAUCACCGAGGAUGUUCCAGAGGAUGCUGUGUGGAGUGCGCUUGGUAUAAGCCCGGCGGUAAAUCGUUUGAUGAGCAACUUGCCCAACCUUCUGGCACAGGCAUUUUUGGCUCUUCAAAACCGCAGAGAAGACACCUAUUGGGAGAACCGACGACAGCAAAUCCUACAGGAGUUUUAUGAGUGCCAAGAAGAGGAGCGCGAUGAAACUGAGCGAGGGGAGAAUUUAGAAUUAAUGCCGAAUCUGCUAAAUAAGGACAAAAACAAAAAGGAAUACGUAGGGGACUCUGAAGCCGCCCAACGAGCAUUAAUUCUCGAACAACAAGCAGAACAAAGAAGAAGAUUCAAGAGGAUUGCCGAGGAAGGAAGCGGCGGAAAUGGCAGCAAUGGCUCUGGCGAGGGCCAAGAUGUGGUUGAGUGGGUGCUACAAUUUCCGGCCACAUUGAGGGGAGUAGCCAUUGAUUGGUAUUCCGACAUAGAUAAACAAAAGGUGACUACAUGGGCUAACUUACAAAAAGAAUUUCAAGCAGAGUUUCGGCUACUACGAGACGAUAAUGAAAUUGUGGCCGAAAUCUACAGUACAAAACAAGGCAAAAAGGAGACGGUCUGUGCGUAUGGCCGGAGGCUGAAAGAGUUGUUGGGGAAGAUGGAUAGCCAGCCAGCAGACGGGCUGAAGAAGAGAUGGUUUGUGGAAGGAUUGAGGCCUUCUCUUCGGAAAAAAAUGAAGAUUGUAUCGCCCACAUCAUACAGCGAUGCGUACAACAGGGUGAUGGACCUGGAGAGUGAACAUAAAACAUCUAAAUAG